AUGGCGUCGAAAUUUUAUAAACGUUUCCUUCGGUUGGCUUCACGUUGGCCACAAAGUCCGGAAACUUUGCAGCCAGGGAGUCGAGAUGCAUCGGUAUUCCUGAAAAAUGAAAUAGAACGUAUAUUUCGAAAAGAGCAGAAUGUAUUUCAGAAUGAACUUUGUGAGAAACGUUUUGAAAGUUUGGAACAGCUUGUUUCGAAUAGCCAUUUGCGCAAUUUCCCCUGUAAUUACAAAGCAGGUGCUCUGGCUUUGUCGCUUAAACAGUUAAGGAAGAUGAAUUCAGCGGAAGGACGUUUCAUGUUAGGCCUGGAAUUAAAACCACCUGGAGCAGACUCAACCCAUGGCGGAAUCUUUGCCAGGCUUUUCAAUAAAGUAAAAUUAGUGGCAUAUCGCAAAGGACUUUUGAAGAGGCCGUCGAUUGAAUUUUCAGAUAUCGAGUUACAUGCUUCAUCAUUACUGAAACCCAAGAAAAACUUGGCUAGAUAA